CCACGUUCCUUCAUGAACACAUAACGAGUCAGUAUGCUUUUCUCCUCCAUUGCUCGUCAAUAAAUGUAUUUCUUCUGAUUUACCUUAAAGAUUAUGUCUUCCUCUCAUACCAGUGAAGACAGCAGUGGUACAGCAUCUCCGAUUCCCAUACCACAGCCAAGACUUCAAUCCCUCCCAGUCCCGGAAGACUUCUCUGUGAAUUAUACGCGUCGGAAUUCCAGACGAUCUGCCGACAGUCGACGGGAACGUGCGGAACGUGCAGCUCGCGUCUCUUGCGACGUCUUGGAACUUUAUAAUACUCAGAAACUUGAGAUCCAGACGUUACGGAAUGACCUGCACGUAGAGCGUGCGCGUGCGGAUGAUGCCGAACGAGAUUUAAGGGAGGUUGUCAAUCGAUUCAAGGCUUUGUUCCAAGAAAAGGUGACUGCGGUUCAAGAGGCUACCAAGGCCAAGCAGGAGUUGCAACUGCACAAGAAUUCCCUGGAAAUGGCUCAUAUCGAGAUAGCAAAUGCUCAAAAGUUGCUGGAGGCUGUUGAAAGACAGCGUACUCAGGCCGAAGAGGAAGCUCAAGAAGUCAGAGCAAUAGCCCAUAAGCUACAUUUGGAGAGAGAACUACUGAAGGCCGCCGAAGAAGGUCGUCAAAGAGGUUUCGUCGAAGGAAUGCAGAGAGCCCGUAUGUUCGCUCAGGAUUACGCUCCUCGCACAAGUGAAGACGAUUCUGACAGAUCAGAGUCUUCUUCAAGCGGGUCCUCUACUUCUAAUGGCCUCCAGUAUCGGAAUUCUAGGCAACAAUCUACGAAGCCGCCUUCACCGCCGAUUCCUUUCCCUGUCCCUGAGCCAGCCCAACCUGAAGCGGUAAAUACAACUACUGCCAUGCCCUCGCCUCAACUUUCAUAUGUCGACGUCCCACCUGAAGGAUUCAUUCCAGACACAGGUCAGGACUCCGUCAUUAGACUUCCUCCUCCUCAUGAGCUUUCACCGCGACCCCCUACACCUGGGGCUACAUUUGUGCCGCCACUUCCUGUCAUCCCAGAAGACGGUGAAGAACCUGUUGUCGUUCCUCCGCCCGGCGUUGCAACUGGAUCGAUCCCAGCUCCAUUCCCCGAGCCAAUGUUACGCAGGCAUCGGUCCCAGGAAUCUAUGUCGACGUCUAUAUCCCAAUUGGAUAUCCUAAACAGUAAGAGGCACGGUCCAGAAGGACCGAUAUACCAAGUACCGCCCCCUCGUCCGACACAGUAUAUCUAUCCGCAAGGAUCAUAUACGCCUUUGAAUAUACCAGUGUCUUCACGAGAGGCGGGGUUCGACCCUGAUUCGCCUACACGGAAAACGCUUUCAUUAGAAGAUGACGACAGUAGCAGUAGCGGCGACCAAAGUAGAAGUAAUGAUGGAGCCUUUACUUUUGAGUUUGAAGGCCCAUCACGGUCGCCUUCUGGAAGCCCUGCGGAUGUCCAAUCAGAGAGAAACUUCCUCAGUGCUGAUGAUGCGCUUAGGCCUAGCUCUGUUCCUCCGCCUCCACAAUUUUUCCCUCCUAAUUUCGUUCCUCAGGGUACCACGCCUUCACGCUCAUCUACCCCGCAGCCGCUUCUACCUCACUCUGUCUCUCGAAGCGCCACCCCCGUAAUCGAUUUACCGGGCCCGGGCCUCCCACCGGGUUUCAUUCCGCAAAGCACGACUCCCAUUACCGAUCCGCAACCUGUGUCAGAUCUUCCACCAGGCUUCGUUGCUCAGACCUUCACGCCCCUGCCUUCCGGUUCGGCGCCUUUGCCUUCCGGAUCGACGCAAACCUACCGCAACAUUCCAGGCGACUAUGGCAGUCGCAGUACCACUCCAAGGCCUGAUUCUGGACCUGUGAUUCCUUCCCCUGAUUUGAUGAGGAGAGCUGAAGAGGACGAUUCAUCGUCGAGUAUGUCCGGAGAAACAUUGACCACUCCUCGGCCGAAAACAUACAGAUCGAAAAGUGAAUUGAGCUCCACUUUUUCAUCGUAUUUGGAUGGUGGUGUUCCAAUUCGACCGCCAUCAUCAACAGGGAGGAGCAGUAGGAAUAGUCGGAAGGGUAACCGAUGAUCCCAUGUCUUAAAUUAGCUCCAAUUUUUUUGAUCGAUCCUGAUAAAUGAACGAAUUUACUGGUACAUGUACUAAUGUAGGUUCUUGUUACAUCUCAU